AUGAAAGCAUAGACUUCAGCUUAAAAGAUAGAUGAGCUAAGAGGCUAAGCAGAGAACAAAAAAUGUUUCGAUUGCCAUGAAAAGGGGACUACAUACAUUGUUCUUGAGUAUGGAGUUUUUGUCUGUUCAACUUGCUCAGGAAUACAUAGAGACAUGACUCAUAAAGUUAAGGGAAUUGGAAUGUCUAAUUUCACUGACAAGGAAGUUGAAUUACUUACUUAGCGUGGAAAUAAGAAAGUCUAAGAAACUCUGAUGGGGGAAUAUUCCUCCAAGUUAUAUCCAGAGCCAGAUAAGAAAGACUAGCUGAAAAUGAAAGAGUUCUUUAAGCUUAAGUACACUUAGAAGAGAUUUGAGAAGAAAUAAGAUGACUCUGAUUCAGAUGAUAGUGACAAUGAUAAGAAAAAGGGCAAAAAGUCAUCAAAGCAUGAAGAGAAGAAAAAAGAUAAAAAGAAGUCCAAGAAGCAUAAAGACUCUUCAUCUAGUGAAAGUGAUAGUGACAAUGAAAAAAAGAAGAAAAAAGGAGCAGCUAAAGAUGAGGAAGAAAAAACGCCAAAGGUUAGUUAAGGCUUGAAAUUCCCAGCUGCCCCAGGAAGUAAAAAGCUCUCAGCUCCUACUCAAUAAUAAAGCAAUCAAAAUGCACCUGUAAUUUAAAAGUCAGCAACAUAGACUAAUAUAUAAGCUUAGAGUAAUUUGCUAGAUCUUCUCGAAAUGAAUACACAACCAUUGCAAAAUAGUUCUAGUCAAAGUUUUCUUAAUAACGGUACAAAUCAAUAAGUAGAUAAUUCAGGUGGGGAAGGUUGGUCUAACUGGGCUUCUUUCGAAAAUACAUAACAAACUCAACCCUAGGUCUAAACUUUCACUUAAUCAUAAAACUAAUAGCCUGUUCAAUAACAUCAGCAAUAGUAAUAGGUUUAAUAAAAUAGAAAUAAUCAAAAUAUUGAUAUUGUAAAUAGCUUAUCAUCUCUAUAUCCCCAAGGAUCAUAGCCAUUACCCUCUAAAACGAACUUCAUCCCAGGUAUCGGAAGUAAAUUAUUAACUGAUGAUCCAUUUUAAGAGGCUCAAAAUUCAUUUAUUGGGCAGUAAGUACCCAUUGGAAAUCAAUAAAAGCUAGGCAAUAUUUAGUAGCCCAUAGGAUUUUAGUAGCCCUAACCCUAAAAUGUCAAUCCACUAUAACUUCAAUAGCAGCAAUAAUUACUACAAAUGCAAACUUAAAUGGCUUAGCUAAUGCAGUAAUCUUAGAAUAACCCUAAUCAAUAGCAAAUGGCAAUGAUGUCUUAAAUGCAGCAAAUGAUUCUGAUGAUGUAAAACAUGAUGACAAGCACUACUGUUUCUAAUCCAUAGUAGCAGACAUAAGCCUAGCAACUUCAAUAAUAAUAGCAAUUGCAGCAGCAACAGCAGCAGUAGAAAAGUCAUAACCCCCAAGAUAAUAUGUUCUCUGACUUAUUCAAAAGUGCGGCAAGUCAACCACAAUUUCAUCAACAAAAACUGUAAAAUAGCGCUUCAACUGAUCAAUUCAAUCCCUUUAAUAAUUUUGGAGGCCCAUAACUUAAUCCUAAUGGAUCUUCAAAUGGUUUUAAUCAGAAUUAGUAGCCAGGGAUGUAUGGUCAAUUUAUGGGUACACAAGCAAACGCACACAUAAAUUAAUAGAGUAAUCUAAAUGGUGGAAGUUCAUCGCAUAAUCCUUUUGAUAUGUUCAACUGA